CCGAUAGCUGGGUGUUGCCGUCAGAUAGACAAGUGGAACGUGGGCUGAGUCCGAGUGGUGGUACACCUAUGACGGAAGUCAACAUGGACCGGGGGCCGAGAUCCCCACCGGCUCCAAAUGAAUCUGAAGAGGAUAAUGUGAGAUUGCGAGAAUUAGCAAGGCGCUGUUACGAAGAUGGAGUGAUGCCAACAGGCAUCGACCCUGGAGAGAUGAGUGGAGAGGGUCGAGAGGUUCGCUUUAAGGUGAACAGGAAUAUUGACCAGGUGAAGAUAGCGUGGUUGAAAGAGCACACUGUUACUAUUAUAUUCCGAGAUGGGGCGAGAUUCUUGUCCCGAAAGGUCAAAGAGGAUAUAAUGAGGGCGUUUGAAGAUGAGAAAGUGGCCGGAGGUGCUUUGGAUGCGCAAACAUUUAGUCGAGGAAGAGUUAAGAUCGAGAGUCCUAAUGUACUUUCGUACGUAGCCAAAAGCUCAGCGAUCGCUACCUUUUUUAUUCUCAAAGGUAGGGACGAACUCACGAUUGGCACGAAUCGGUAUGUUCUCGAAUUUAAGCCAUGGCUUACGAAAGCUCAAUUGCGCGCCCAGAGACUGGAGGAAGAUGAUUCGGUGUUUUGGGUGACUGCGGUCCAAGUACCUCUGGACGCUUUUUUCUACUUGCAGGCGCAGAUAGCACGAGCAAUCGGGCCGAUUUUGCGUACGCAUCCAGUGGAACAAGACUGUCAGAAGCCAGCUCUCAUCAAUGUCAAAUUUGACAUCGAUCCUUCUACGAAGGACAACAUGAAGGAUAAGAUCUGGAUGGAGACUUGCGAAGGAGAUGAGUUGGAGGUCAGAUUGGCUUCCGCAGGCACGCCUAGAUGCAGAACAUGUAAAGCCUUUUUUCAUUCGGAUGCGGAGUGUAGAAGAAACCAGCAACAAGGACAUGGCUCACAAUAUCAACAAGGACAGGCGUCAUCUGCAAGUCGACCACAGUAUCAGGGAGUGAUGAGACCGAUGGGAGGACAAGGAGCCCCGGGGGGGGCAGUUCCAAAUGAAGUGGGGGGGACGUCGCAGGCGGGAGGCGAAGGAGUUUCGGCAACCUCGGUGCCAGGACAAGAAGGAGUUAACGCUCCAUUGGGGUCGGAGAGAGUCACCCUGGGCCAAGGUCUGUUUGCACAAGGAGUGAGACAACAGCCUAUCUCUUUAGGCAACCCGUCGAGCUUUCUUCCUGGAAAUCUUAAUCCAGGACAGUUAAAUAACAAUCCGUUAUUUUCUCUUGGACUACAGGCGAUGCCAAGCGGGAACUUCUACCACCCUCUUGGUUUGGCAAGCCACUCCUCGUGGAUGGCGCAUACAGUCAUGCAGCAAUAUGUCAGUACCACUUCGGCCUUUGCGCCCUUUGAAGAGUUCAGAAUGGGAGGAGUUCCUCUUCCACGAGAAACAACCACGCCGCAGCCAGCAAGAGGUCUAACGAAGCAAGGAACAAGCAGAGUGCCUUAAGAGCUGAACCAGCCGCCGAGACCAACGGAGGUUAAAAACCUUCAAGCAGUCAGACCGGAGGCUUCGACUUCAGUUCCAGCAGGCCAAGACGACAGACGAUUAUCCUUCGGAAAACAACGACGCCUGAAAGGGAAUGUUUCAACCUCUUCUCUGCAUAGGAACAAAGACUUGCUGUCCCCUCAGGGGUCUGAAACUCACUGAUGUCUGUAGUUGGUACCCCUGGUACCAAGACUACGAGGAGGCGAAUGCCGACAACUCUACAAAGGGGUCAAAUCCAGGACCUGGAGGUAAGGAUUCUCCCGAUAUUUUGUACGGCUGUACGUAAUAAUCUGUGGUGGAUUGCCUUUGUAGGCUCCGAAGGAUCGCCUGCUCUGGUCAAUCUCGCUGCUCCGGAACAGCCCAUGCCAUCCUCUAUUUUCACUCUUGUACGUACUACGAUUAGGAAUAAAUUUCUAUUCCGGUG